AUGGGUCCGAAUAGCGAUCUGGUACAGGUAACGGUGGAAGUGCCCAGGCCGCCAUCCGCCUGGCGGGAGCAGUUUCGCUACUCGACCAUUCCUGGUGAACAUCAGCGCAGACGACCACGAUGGACAGACCUCUUACUCCCACGCAGAAUUCUUGCAGAAGCAGAGGGGGGAAACGAAUGGAUCAAAGGGGCAGUAAUAUGUACUUGGAUCACCGGCACGAUUCUAGUCAUCAACAUUAUCAUGACGAUCACGGCAUUACUCAUUGCAUAUGUCCAACAACCGAACCGACGGACGAACCGCGCCCAGUUUGAAAUGGCGGAACUAUAUAGCGGGCAAUGCGCGCGAUCCAGCCAUUGGGCGACGGGAUUGCACGUGGUAAUCAACGCAUUGAGCACCAUCCUUCUUGGGGCUAGCAACUACGUGAUGCAGUGCCUGGGGGCACCGUCCCGAGCCGAUGUCGAUCGGGCUCAUGCUAAGGCCCGUUGGCUUGAUAUUGGGACAUUCAGCCUUCGCAACUUUGCAGUCAUGGACCGGCGACGGAAGAUUCUGUGGGUGUUGCUUCUGAUCAGUUCCACCCCCAUCCAUAUGAUCUACAACUCGGUCAUCUUCUCAUCCAUUUCAACCCUCGAGUACGGGAUGUUUAUAAUUCCAAACGAUCUUUCCCCCACGGAAUCCUUGAUCAGCAACGACACCACCAGCCGCGACACCUUCUUGUCGGAGGUUGGGUCCGAUGCUGCAGUCGUCCGAGCCCAGAUCUUCAAUGGCACCUUUAUCAACGCGACGACUGCGGAUUGCAUUGCCAAGUACAAUGUCGAACACAACACGAAGUACGGCACGCUCAUCUACGUUGCAGAUCGAGAAUAUUUUCACAACACUAGCAGCCUGCAGGUGGAGGGCUAUCAGGCGGCGGGAUACCUUGGAUCGAGCUUUGGUCUAUACUCUGUCUACGAGUAUAUGCAGGGUAUUCAAAAUGAGACUGAGGCCAAACAGAUCCAGACAGGAAAUCUGACGCUGGUCGAUAGUUAUUGGAGUUAUCGCGUGUGGAACUACUCUCUACCUGAUCCUGCAUAUGACGGACAUGACUACGUCCGUCACUUCAAUCUCCGCGAUACCACUUUUUCCAAUAUAUACGCGGUAGCCAACGGCAGCUUGAGCAACGACUUGCUGCUCCUUGCGGAAUUCAAUCUUGCCUAUAAUCCGUCUGAGGGAGCCUUGCGCGAGUACCUGAACACCCCGUCUCAUUGGAAAAACAGCUCUUGGGCAGCCGGGAUCACCUUCGAGCUAAACGGGACUGGCAUCCUCACUCAAUACACAUACAUCGAUGAGACGGGUGCGCGAGACGUCCCUGUAUCUCAUUGCCUCAUCAAAGAAGAGGAACAGCGCUGCCAGCUCUUCUUCAGUCCUCCAAUCGCAAUCGUCGUCAUUAUUUGCAAUAUCACCAAAGUCAUCUGCAUGUUGCUGACCGCCCGGGUCAAGCGCACUGACCUCUUGCUAAGAGUAGGCGAUGCGCUGGCCUCAUUUCUUACCCGACCUGAUCCUACUACUCUUGGACGAUGUCUGAUCUCUCGUGCCGAGGUCACGCGUCGGCCGCAAGCCUGGCGUCUCUCCGCGAUCAGGCUCGGUCGACCGACAGGAUACACACUGCAGCAACGAGCACCGAGCCCAGAUUCGCAGCCGCUGGACGACCUCUCGCCAAGAUUCAAACCGGCAACCCCAAAGAUCUACCCCCUCGUUCUCCCUCCGCGCAAAAGAUGGUACCAAGCGGCCAGCUGGACACGCUGGACGGUAGUUUUGACCUUCUUUGUCGCCUGCAUCACCACAUCAAUCUGGCUUGUCAGCUACGCCGUCGUCCAAAGCGCCGGCGACUUUGACUCCGCCAUGGACCUCGGCUUCGCGCAAACCAGCGCAAGCACCAUGAUUGAGUAUCUCUCACGCAACAUGAUCGCGCUCGUGCUUCUCGCCAAUACGCCGCAGAUAGUGCUCUCCAUGCUCUACUUCCUCGUCAACGGCGUGUUGACCUGCAUGCACGUGGCGGCCGAAUGGGACGGGUACGCGCGGCACCGUCGCCCGUUGCGUGUCUCGUGGCCGCGCGGCCAGCAACAGUCCAGUUAUUAUCUGAGCCUGCCGUAUCAGUACAGCGGUCCUCUCCUUGUGCUGUCCGCCACGCUGCACUGGCUCCUCUCACAGAGCAUCUUCUUCGUGAACAUCAAGGUUUACAACGUGUACGGCGAAGAGGACGAGCAGGGUUCCUCCCGCGGAUGUUGCUAUUCCCCGAUGGCGAUGUUCAUCACGCUCUGGGUCGGGCUCUUGGGCCUGGGGCUGCUGCUCGCGGUGGGCGCGCGGCAGUUCAAGUCGCACAUGCCGCUGGCGACGCAUUGUAGCGCGGCCAUCAGCGCGGCGUGUCAUCCGCCUCCAGCGGAUGAGGGCGCUGCAACGAAGCCCUUGAUGUGGGGGGAGAUCCCUCGAGAGGGGGUGGAGGAGGUCCCCGAGGUGACGGAGUAUCCUUAUCCGCACCCGCAUCCGCACCCAGGCAAAGAGGUCGGCGAUGGCGCGGGGUACGCGCACUGUUCGUUCACGUCUUUGGCUGUUGUGACGCCUAAUCUGGUGCGAUUGUACUGUUAG